UUUCUGAACUGUUGUUGAGAAAUUAAACAUCAUCCGGAGGACACGACCUCUGUUGAGGUCACUGUGCAAUUUAGGUGAUAUAUGCAGGUGAUAUAUUACCCAAGUUUUGACGGCUGGAGGAAGAAAUAUGCCUGUGAAAGAAUUGAAAUUGGGUUUUUACGUGCAUAAAUCUGUUUUCGGACUUUGCAAUCUUCACUUUUUCAUUCACUGUGUCCUUGCAGAUGCAGCCCACAUUGUAAUGUUAAUAAGCUGUCACAUCCAAAACUCAUUUUCCACCACACUUAAAUGGAGAUCAAUGCAUUUCUGGACGGUCGUCAGUAUUCAUUUACAGUCAAGAUGACCGAAAUUCAGGUUCAAAGCAAAAGCUUCAAAUCUUCAAAUGAACGCUAGAAACUAUUAUUCCACGGGCACAUUUCUUUCGCCAGCUGCCUCUUUGUAGGCAUACACAUGUGUUUUGCAGGAUGCCCAGCAAUCAUGCUGAAAAGAGACAUGUUUAGAUAAAAGACGAUAAAAAAACAAAAGCUACUUUGCGGUUUGAUUUCUUUGUCCUCUUUUCCCCCGUGUAAUUUGUAACGACAGAUACUGGAAUGUGUAGUGGUGCACAGUGGCCCCCCGAUGAAUGCAGCUCUUUGACUACUUAGAUCUGCACCAUAAUCCCAAACAAUGGAUUUUAAUGGGACAUUUACUGUACAAACUUCACCAGGGGUUCCCAUAAUGUACGUCAGGGUUCAAAGGCUUAAUAACCCUCUCAACGGCCCCCAUCCCACCCUUGUUUCAUUCUCACGUGUUAUGCAACUUACUCUUUAGCAUUCCUGUCGAGAGAACAAGCUGUCAAAGUCGCUCAAAUAGCAAAAGGGACUGGAGUUCAAACUGUUGACGAACCUGACCUUUGCUUUCACAAUUCAAAUAUUGAUGCUGAGAUAGUAUCAUGAUUGGGUGAGAUGAAAUCAUCUUUUCCAUGUGUGCCACCGCCGAGGCCUUCAUGCUGCGUGCACACGUACCCACCCGCGAGAUUCAGCCAAUCAAACGACGCACUCACACAGAGGAUGACUUGCAUUAAAUACAUUUUCAGCAGGUGCCGACAUGCUGGAGCAGGUUCUGUCAUUCAGCCGCUCCCUGGUGCGCAGGAAAGUGGUGGACAUGAGCAACCUGGAGGACUCGAAACUGUGCCGCUGCCUGGGAACCGUCGACCUCAUCGCCCUGGGCGUUGGCAGCACUCUGGGCGCGGGGGUCUACGUCCUGGCCGGCGAGGUGGCUAAGGGAGACUCGGGCCCCAGCAUAGUCAUCUCCUUCUUAAUUGCUGCCCUGGCCUCCGUCAUGGCCGGCCUGUGUUACGCUGAGUUCGGCGCACGCGUCCCCAAGACCGGCUCUGCUUACCUCUACAGCUACGUGACCGUUGGAGAGAUCUGGGCCUUCAUCACCGGCUGGAACCUCAUUCUCUCCUACGUGAUAGGUACCUCCUCAGUGGCCCGGGCUUGGAGUGGCACAUUUGAUGAAAUGAUAGGAGGACACAUUGAGGUGUUCUGUAAGACCUACUUCAGCAUGAACUCUCCUGGCCUGGCUCAGUACCCUGACUUCUUUGCCGUGUGCCUGAUACUGUUGCUUUCUGGUCUCCUGUCGUUUGGCGUGAAGGAGUCGGCCUGGGUCAACAAAGUCUUCACUUCCGUCAACGUGCUCGUUCUCUUGUUCGUCAUCGUCUCCGGCUUUGUCAAAGGAGACGCGCACAACUGGAAGAUAACUGAGGAAUCCCUUAUAAAUGCAACCAUAGUUACAAGGAACCUGUCGGCGACGGCCAAUGUGAGCAGUGAUUAUGGAGUCGGGGGCUUCAUGCCCUUCGGCUUCAGUGGCACCUUGGCUGGAGCCGCCACCUGCUUUUAUGCGUUCGUUGGAUUCGACUGCAUCGCCACCACAGGCGAGGAGGUGAAGAACCCCCAGAGAGCCAUUCCCAUCGGCAUCGUGGUGUCACUGACUGUGUGUUUCUUGGCGUACUUUGGCGUGUCGGCCGCACUCACACUGAUGAUGCCCUACUACCUGCUGGACGAGAAGAGCCCUCUGCCCAUGGCAUUUGAAUACGUAGGUUGGAGCCCGGCCAAAUAUGUGGUCGCUGCAGGAUCACUGUGUGCCCUCUCCACAAGUCUGCUGGGCUCCAUUUUCCCCAUGCCUCGUGUAAUCUAUGCUAUGGCACAGGAUGGGGUGCUUUUCAAAGUCUUAGCCCGAAUCAAUCCUAAGACGAAGACCCCACUUAUUGCCACUAUGACCUCCGGUGUAGUAGCAGCCAUCAUGGCUUUCCUGUUUGACCUCAAAGCGUUGGUGGACAUGAUGUCCAUCGGAACCCUGCUGGCCUACUCGCUUGUUGCCGUUUGUGUCCUGAUUCUCAGGUACCAGCCAGAUGGACCUCUAGAGAAGCGGGCCGGCGAGAGGGACUACCUGUCCUCUGAGGCGGGAGAGUCGGACCUGACGGAGUCCGAGUCCCACCUGAACAUGCUGAAAGGCGGCAGCUCCAACCUCCAGGCCGUCCUGCACCCUCCAGCCUCCCCCUCUGAGUAUUCCUCCAGUGUUGUCAACAUGACCGUCUGUGUGCUCGUGCUGGUCGUGUGCGGGGUCAGCUACCUCACAACGUAUCACAUCUACUCCAUCCUGUGCAUGGAAGUGUGGAUUGUGGCGCUCCUGACCGUGUGCCUCCUCGUCUUCAGCGGCUGCGUGGCCAUGGUGUGCAGGCAGCCCCAGACCACCAAGAAGGUCUCCUUCAUGGUUCCCCUUCUGCCUUUUCUGCCCAUUCUGAGCAUUUUUGUGAAUAUUUACCUGAUGGUUCAGCUCAGCGGAGAUACCUGGAUACGUUUCUCUGUGUGGAUGGCCGUGGGUUUUGCAAUUUACUUCGGCUACGGCAUGUGGCACAGCGAGGAGCGCCAGCGUAAACUACGGGGUCCCGUCAACGGCUGCGGCACCGGCAAACACGGCAAGACCGGCGGGGAGAAGCAGGCCGGCGGGGACGGGGCGGGAAAAGACCGGGAGGGUUUCAUCUGCCCAGAAAAGACCAGCCAGUGUUGAAGUGACAGACUCUGGGAGGAGACGGAUGCAUGAAAGCACACAGCAGCUCUGCCUCGAUGCACGUCAGAACGGGGAUCACGAUGCGGGCGGCAUUGGACUCAGAAUUAAGAGGACAGGUAACACACUGGAGGGUGAUGUCCGUUUCCUUUAACGCUGAAGCAGUCAGUGCGAGACUGCAGCCGAGCCUUUCUCUCUCAUUAUUGACUUUUUAUUUUCUGUCAUUAUUUACACUUUAAGCAGGUUUGUACGUUGUUUUGUUAAAUGUGAACUUUUGGGAAUCUGCGUUGAUCUGUUUACUCCUUCAGUGUAUUAUUAAGAUUAUAGAAGCAGCAAUAAUGUACUACUAUUAAAAGUAAUGUUAGUUUGUGGUAGAAGGACACAUUUUUCUUUCUUUAGGUCAAAGUUAUGCUGUCAAUCCACACAUAGAUUUACGUAAAGCAUUUAGAUGCACGUGGGUCCUUUUUUCACAUUUAUUUUGGUCUUUCUUCAGGGACUAAUGUCUGUGUGGCUUCACAACCGCGUUGAAGAGACUUUUUGUGGCAAACAAGAUUAAGAUUCAAUGCUUUCAUUCUUUUCUCUGGGCUUUCAGAGGGAAUCCUCUCAGGCUCAGUGAGCUUUAGUCAACAGUAGGAACUUUGGGAUGUUGGUGAUGUAGGUGGACCGUAACAAUUCUCAGCCUCAAUGGAAACCAGCAAAAUAUGUUCACUUUUGAUAUUUCUUGCAUCGUGCGUGCGUCAGAGCUGCAGAUGCUAUGGGGCAUUUUUUUGUCUUUGGGGUGA